AGACGGGACUGAGUGAUGGUAUUACCGAACACUGCGGAGGAGAUCCAGUACGCAGCAGCAGUCGGUUGAAAUUAUGGACACGUUUAAUGGCCUGUAGGAUUUAUCGACCAUUUGUCAGCCUAAUGUCCGGAAAUUGACUUGAAUGGGAAGACUUGGACCUUAGGAUUCAGUUUUCAAGCUGAGCAGUUACUUUUGGACUUAAUUUGCCAAUCAUGGGAAACGCAGCAACGUGCGUGUCUUGUAGAUCAGAUAAAACGCUCAAAACUACUUGGAGUGAAAAAGAUUUGAGUCAACAAAGCGACCUGCAUCUGGCGUCUGGAUCUAAUGACUCACCGUCGGACAGCAACACCAGUUUCCUGCGGGCUGCCAGAGCUGGAAACAUCGAUAAAGUCCUUGAGUUCUUGAAAAAUGGAGUUGACAUUAGCACCUCCAACCAGAAUGGUCUGAAUGCUUUGCAUUUGGCGGCCAAAGAGGGGCACCAGGAUCUGGUGGACGAACUUUUGGAGAGAGGAGCACCUGUUGACUCAUCCACGAAGAAAGGAAACACCGCCCUUCAUAUUGCCUCACUGGCUGGGCAAAAAGAAGUGGUCCGCCUGCUGGUGAAGAGAGGAGCUGAUGUGAACUCGCAGUCUCAGAAUGGCUUCACUCCACUCUACAUGGCCGCACAGGAGAAUCACUUGGAGGUUGUUAGGUAUAUGCUGGAAAAUGACGGAAACCAGAGUAUUGCAACAGAGGACGGCUUCACCCCACUUGCCAUCGCACUCCAGCAGGGUCACAACGCAGUGGUGUCCCUGCUACUUGAGCACGACACUAAAGGCAAAGUGCGUCUGCCCGCUUUGCACAUCGCGGCCCGCAAGGACGACACCAAGUCAGCCGCACUGCUGCUCCAGAACGACCACAACGCUGACGUCCAGUCCAAGAGCGGUUUCACCCCUCUGCACAUCGCCGCUCACUAUGGCAACGUGAAUGUCUCCACCCUGUUGCUGAACAGAGGAGCCGCUGUGGACUUCACAGCCAGGAAUGGAAUAACGCCUCUGCAUGUGGCCUCAAAGAGAGGCAACACCAACAUGGUGGUCCUGCUGUUGGACCGAGGAGCUCAGAUCGACGCUAAAACCAGGGAUGGGCUUACUCCGCUACACUGUGCAGCCAGGAGUGGACAUGACUCAGCAGUGGAGUUGCUGCUGGAGAAAGGCGCACCUAUUUUAGCCAGAACAAAGAAUGGAUUGUCCCCACUGCACAUGUCAGCCCAGGGCGACCACGUAGAGUGUGUGAAGCUGCUGGUGCAGGACAAAGCUCCAGUUGAUGAUGUCACACUGGACUACCUCACAGCGUUGCACGUCGCAGCUCACUGUGGCCACUACAGGGUCACCAAGUUGCUGUUAGAUAAGAAGGCCAAUCCCAAUGCCAGAGCACUAAAUGGAUUCACUCCCCUACACAUCGCUUGUAAAAAGAAUCGGGUGAAAGUGAUGGAAUUGUUGGUGAAAUACGGAGCAUCCAUCCAGGCUAUUACUGAGUCUGGCUUGACUCCCAUCCAUGUUGCCGCCUUCAUGGGCCAUCUCAACAUUGUUCUACUUCUACUGCAAAAUGGAGCCUCUCCCGAUGUCCGUAACAUUCGUGGCGAGACAGCGCUACACAUGGCGGCCCGAGCAGGCCAGAUGGAGGUGGUGCGUUGUUUGCUGAGGAACGGCGCGCUGGUGGAUGCCAUGGCCAGGGAGGACCAGACUCCCCUCCACAUUGCAUCCCGAUUAGGAAAAACCGACAUUGUCCAGCUGCUCCUACAGCACAUGGCUCACCCAGAUGCUGCCACCAUCAAUGGUUACACUCCACUCCACAUUUCAGCCAGGGAGGGGCAAGUGGAGACAGCCGCCGUGCUUCUGGAGGCCGGGGCUUCACACUCCAUGGCUACCAAGAAAGGAUUUACUCCAUUACAUGUAGCCGCUAAGUACGGAAGCCUUGAUGUGGCAAAACUACUGCUUCAACGCAAAGCUCUCCCUGAUGAUGCAGGCAAGAAUGGACUAACGCCGCUCCAUGUAGCGGCUCAUUAUGACAACCAAGAGGUGGCGCUCCUGCUGCUGGACAAAGGGGCCUCACCUCAUGCUACUGCAAAGAAUGGCUACACUCCUCUUCACAUCGCAGCCAAAAAGAACCAGACUAACAUUGCGCUAGCCCUGCUCCAGUAUGGUGCCGAGACCAAUGUUCUGACCAAGCAGGGAGUCAGUCCUCUUCACCUGGCUGCACAGGAGGGACAUGCUGAGAUGGCCAGCUUGCUCCUGGGCAAAGGAGCUCACGUCAACACAGCAACCAAGAAUGGACUGACUCCUCUGCAUCUCACAGCACAAGAGGACAGGGUCAGUGCUGCAGAAGUGUUGGCCAAACAUGAUGCCAACUUGGACCAGCAAACAAAGCUUGGCUAUACACCUCUAAUAGUAGCCUGUCACUAUGGAAAUGCCAAGAUGGUCAACUUCCUGUUACAGCAAGGUGCCAGUGUCAACGCCAAAACCAAGAAUGGAUACACACCUCUCCACCAGGCAGCACAACAAGGGAACACACACAUCAUCAAUGUUUUGCUGCAGAAUGGGGCCAAACCAAGUGCUACUACAGUGAAUGGAAACACUGCUCUAUCCAUUGCCAGGCGUCUGGGUUACAUCUCAGUGGUAGACACACUGAAAGUAGUCACCGAAGAAGUCAUCACUACCACAACAACGGUCACAGAGAAGCACAAACUUAACGUCCCAGAGACCAUGACGGAAAUCCUUGAUGUCUCUGAUGAAGAAGCUCUGGGGCUUGAAGAUGACCCUUUCUCAGAGGUGUUUCUAGAGCUGGAAGGUGAGGACACUAUGACUGGUGAUGGAGGCGAAUACCUGAGAGCGGAGGACCUUCGAGAGCUUGGCGAUGACUCUUUGCCAGGACACUACUUGGACAGCUUCAGCUACAUGAGCCACAACCUGGACAGGCCUCAGCACCAGAGCUUCCAUCAGAGGGAUGGCGUUCUCAUUGAGGACAUGAUUACCAACCAUCAAGUGUCGGCACUAUCAAGAGAGCAAGAUAAGGACUCGUUCCGCUUGAGCUGGGGGGCUGAGCACCUCGAUAAUGUGGUGUUGUCCUCCAGUCUGCUGCACUCUGGCCGUUCGUCUCCUUGCCUAGACCAUGACAACAGCAGCUUUCUGGUCAGUUUCAUGGUAGACGCAAGAGGCGGUGCCAUGCGAGGCUGCCGUCAUAAUGGCCUAAGAAUCAUCGUGCCACCAAGGAAGUGUUCCGCACCUACGAGGGUGACAUGCAGGCUAGUGAAGCGACACCGUCUGGCUUCCAUGCCCCCUAUGGUCGAAGGUGAGGGGCUGGCUGGUCGCAUCAUUGAAGUGGGACCCACUGGAGCUCAAUUCCUGGGUCCGGUGAUUGUGGAGAUCCCACAUUUUGCCGCUUUGAGGGGCACUGAGAGGGAGUUAGUCAUCUUAAGGAGUGAAACGGGAGAAAACUGGAGGGAGCAUCACUGUGACUUCACUGAAGAGGAGCUCAACCAAAUACUUAAUGGAAUGGAUGAAAAACUGGAUUCUCCUGAGGAGCUUGAGAAGAAAAGAAUCUGCCGCAUCAUCACACGAGACUUCCCACAGUAUUUUGCUGUGGUGUCGAGAAUAAAGCAGGACAGUCAUCUUAUUGGUCCAGAGGGCGGCGUCCUCAGUAGCACUCUUGUUCCUCAGGUACAGGCUGUCUUCCCUGAGGGAGCACUCACUAAGAAGAUCAGAGUUGGGCUCCAGGCUCAACCCAUUGAAGUUGAUGUCGUGAGAAAGAUCCUUGGCAACAAGGCCACAUUCAGUCCAAUAGUCACACUGGAACCAAGAAGAAGGAAGUUCCACAAACCAAUCACCAUGACAAUCCCUAUUCCCAAGAGUGCAAACAAUGAAGGAGUCGGACCUGUGUACAGCGGGGAAACACCAACCUUACGUUUGCUUUGCAGUAUUACGGGUGGGACAACGCCGGCUCAGUGGGAAGACAUCACUGGCUCUACCCCUCUUACCUUUGUUAAUCAGUGUGUUUCCUUCACGACCAAUGUGUCAGCGAGAUUCUGGCUGAUAGACUGUCGACAAGUUCAAGAUUCUGUUAGUUUUGGCUCUCAGUUAUACAGAGAGAUCAUUUGUGUGCCAUACAUGGCCAAGUUUGUCAUCUUUGCCAAGACGUUGGACCCCAUUGAAGCACGACUUCGCUGUUUCUGCAUGACCGAUGACAAAAUGGACAAGACGCUAGAGCAGCAAGAAAACUUCACAGAAGUCGCACGAAGCCGAGAUGUUGAGGUCCUGGAAGGAAAACCAAUAUUUGCUGACUGUUUUGGAAACUUGGUGCCGCUAACGAAGAGUGGGCAGCAUCAUGUCUUCAGCUUCUUUGCCUUCAAAGAGAACCGACUAGCCCUUUUUAUUAAAAUAAGGGACACAGCACAGGAGCCAUGUGGCCGGCUUUCCUUCACAAAAGAACCUCGCACAUACCGCAGUCUGAACCAUAAUGCAAUCUGCAACCUUAACAUAACCCUCCCAACAUAUUCUAAGGAGUCUGAUUCUGAGCAAGACAUGGAUGACGAGAGUGAGAAGAGUGACAAGAAAUUGGAUUGGCAGGAUGAUGCUGACAGGAAAGAGGAGACAUUAUCUAUCAUUGCAGAUCUCCUUGGCUUCAGCUGGACUGAGCUGGCAAGAGAACUGGAAUUCAAUGAGGAUGACAUCCAAUUAGUUAGGACACAGAAUCCCAAUUCACUUCAAGAACAAAGCCAUGCCUUACUUCAACAUUGGGUUGAACGGGAAGGCAAACAUGCCACAGAAGAUUGCCUGAUUAAGAGACUGACCAAGAUCAAUCGAAUGGAUAUUGUUCAUCUAAUUGAAACCCAGAUGAACAAGUCAACUCAAGAACAAACCUCAAGAACAUAUGCAGAGAUUGAGAAGACAUUGGACCAUAGUGAAGUGUCAGUGGCUUUGUCUUCAGUGCAAGAAGAUGUGGACAGCCCCAGAUUUGUGAGAAGGGUUGAAUCAGAUCGCAAACCUCCCCCAGCUGUUUCUGAAGAGGACCUCUCUGUAGCUUCUCUACUUGACAUUCCUUCAUGGGCAGAGCCUGCUGGACAGACCCAUUCAGAGAGCAUGCAUGGGGACCUUUUGGAGGAGCUUGAGAUCUCACAUGAACUCAACCCUAACCUGUGGACUUCAGAUGAUGUAAUUUCACAUGAACAUGCACGCUAUGUCAACUUAGAAGAGCAAAUUAGCACUCCAAAACUCCCCACAGAAAGAUUGAAAGGAACCUCUGGUCCUACCGGGUUUGCUUCACCAAAGAUUCACCAAGAAACUCUCAAGAUAACUGAAGAUAACACAGAUACAGAUAGAAACAAUGAAGUCUUACAGAAGUGUCUUGAUGAAUUUGAAGUCCCGCCCUUCAAAGAAUUCCAUGGUCAUCCCAAGAGCCCAUGGGGCCAUAACGUGAACAUGGCCUAUGAUCCAUUUACAUCAAGCAAUGGAAACCCAAAAACCCAAGUUAAUAAUGUUGGGUUUCAGGAUAACAUAUACUUCAUUGAUGAUGAUGAUGUCCUGACAGUGGCAUCCACUGUUGCUCCAGUCAAGUACCAACUAAUGGAUGAUAGUAAGAACACUCAUAUGGCAUGUGACUCAACAGAGAGUUCUGAUAUUCGUAGUUCAAUGAGUCCAAACGCUGAGAAAUGCAGGGCAAAGACGGUCUCUUCCAGCCUUUAUCUGCCUAUCUAUACACGACAGACAUCUGACUAUGAUGAAACGUCUUCCACAUCUAUAGAUUAUGACACUUGCGUUCCUGAGAAGUGUUUCUCACCAGCUGAAUUUUGGACAUUAAGUGAGACUUUACCUAGACUGUCAUCACCCGAAUCUGUCAUGUCAAUCAGUGAUUACAGGGCAAUGUCUCCUGACUCUCCUCUCAGCAAAAGAAAGGGUUUUACAACAGACCUUCCUGUAAUGGAUGUUAGUUGGGCUCUCUAUUCAAGCUCUUAUAAAUGUACUUCACCCGAACUGAAAAUUAUUGAAAAUAUUACAGACCCCAAUUCUAAUGUGUGUGAUAGUAGGCUACAAUUUGGUGGAACAGAUAAACCUGCAGAGAACUUUGUUUCUCGAGUUGCAGAACACAGUUCAUCUCUACCUGACAGUGUACUUAUCCAGCAAGACUUUCCGAGUUUGCCUUCAAACAUUCUCCCUUUCGAGUGUUUACAUGAAGAAACUUCCUUCAAUAGAAAUGCUUUGCAUGGUUUAGCCACAAUUAAUCAUGAAUAUAAAUUGUCAGAUAUGGAUUGGCGUCCCUCUUCACCACAAUCUCAGACUUCUCAGCACAGCUUCUCAUUCCUUGAGCUCUUGCACUCUGAAUCAACCCGUUCGCAACUUAUGAGUCAGUAUUGUGAUUAUUUUCUACAGUAUUCAGGCGAUACUCAACCCUUACCUCAAAUGACACAAGACCAAACAGAACCAACCAAUGUUAGAACUUUUGAAACAAAAUCCUCCUUAGGUCAUAUUUAUCUACAAGAUGACAAUUACAAAACAUCAAAUGCUUUUUUGUCACAAGAUGUAGCACAUUCAAGACAAAACUCAGAUCUCCAGUAUUAUGCAAAUGCGCCCGCAUCACAUAAGACUGAAUGUUAUGAUGAGAACGACCUCAAUGCAGAAAAGCCUGAAUCACUGCAAAGAAUCAGAGAAGUAAUGAUUGAUAAAGUAGGGACAGAAAGUGUUAAUGGAAAACAAAUGUCCAUUCAAUCUCGUCCUCAAGACCUUGAGGAAAGCAAAAAUACAUGGGAAUCCUAUCUUGAUUAUUGGUUUUCCAAGUUGGCACCUCAACCUAAUGUCUUACAACCAUCAACAUAUGACCCCAAGCCUUGUAUAUCAGAUUUAAGAAAAAACAGAGUAGAAAAUAAUCAAAAUACUGAUUCUGUAGAAUCUAGUUUGAUGAAACAAUCAACAGAAGUAAAUAUUUAUUCAGAACACAAAUUACACAGACCAUUAACGGAGAUGGCUACCAGUUUAUCACAAAUACAAUCAAAGAAACCAGUUAUCUUUAACUUGGUGGAAAGACCAAAGUACACUUUAGAGUUUCAAAAAGAUAAAACAAUGACAAUAUGCAAAGAAACACCUUCCAAUGUUGAGGAUUUGGUCCAAAGCAAGUGGCAAGAAUAUCUGGUAACAUCCUCGACAGAGGGAGGAGUAUCAAUUAUAAAUAGUUUUCUAUGUUCUGAAUUGAAUGAACAAGAAAAAGACAAACAUUGCAACUUUUUCUUAAACUACAAUGGAGAUAAUCUACAACCAAGAAACGAACACUCAGACCUUUCUCUCAAACAUAGUUAUGAAAACAGCGAACCAAAAAUACACUACUCCUGUUCUUCAGAAAAAGAAGCUUUCAGAAAAGAAGCUGAAGUUUCUUUAAUUUUGGGCCAGCCUCAGUCAUGCGCCCGACCAUUUACAUAUGCAGAUGUCGUCCGUGGCUUCACACGAGAAAAACCAGCAGAUGCCACGGCGUUUGAGUCCAGGCCUAUAUUACUAAUGACUGAUUCCUUUGAUGAGUUUUCUGACUCCUCCACAACUGAGUUGGCCAUCGGGGAGAGACCAUAUUCUCCAGAGUCUAUAGCAUCUCUCUGUGAGCUCACGGCUCUUUCUCCUGACUCACCUGUUCCACAAUUUGACAUAGCCCAAAUUGAGAAUCAUGGCAUUGAGCAAAGGUCAUACACACCCCAGUCAAGUGUUUCAGAUUGGGAGGGUCGUGAUUUCUGUAUCACCAAUCUAUUUGAUGAGACCAGACCACUUUCUCCACAGUCUGUUUCAUCAGACAUGGAACUACAUCUCCUAUUUAGUAACAGAGCAUUGUCUCCUGAUUCUGUUUCUUCAGAUCUAGACACUGCACUUCUUAGGGACUGGCUUCUGGACUUUAGAGCAUCCUCCCCAGAAUCUGUGGCAUCAGUUAAGAAAUGUUUAUAUAGUCCCAACCUACAACAUUGUAACUAUUACAUAAGGUAUUCCGAGGAUAGGCCAGAUUCCUCGCUGUCAUCUUUGUCUGAUGUCGAGUAUUCAGAACUAAGUAUCAAGGAUCUCUUUGAUGACAGUAGGCCAGAAUCACCAGAUUCGGUAUCGUCAGAAAAUUUCAGAACAGAAACUAAAGUCUCUUUACUUUUAGGCCAGCCUCAGUCAUGUGCACGACCUUUUACCUAUGCAGAUGUUGUCCGUGGCCUUACACGAGAGAAACCAACAGAUGCCACGGCGUUUGACUCCAGGCCUAUAUUACUAAUGACUGAUUCCUAUGAUGAAUUGUCUGACUCCUCCAUCGGUGAGUUGGCCAUCGGGGAGAGAUCAUAUUCUCCAGAUUCUUUAGCGUCUCUCUGUGAACUCACGGCUCUUUCUCCUGACUCACCUGUUCCACAAUGUGACAUAGCCCAUAUUGAGAAUCAUGGCAUUGAGCAAAGGUCAUACACACCCCAGUCAAGUGUUUCAGAUUGGGAGGGUCGUGAUUUCUGUCUCACCAAUCUAUUUGAUGAGACCAGACCACUAUCUCCACAAUCUAUUUCAUCAGAGAUGGAACUAGAUCUCUUAUUUAGCAAAAGAGCAUUGUCUCCAGAUUCUGUGUCAUCAGAUCUGGACACUGCACUUCUUAGAGACUGGCUGCUGGACUUUAGAGCAUCUUCCCCAGAAUCUGUGGCAUCAGUUGAGAAAUGUUUAUAUGGUCCCGACCUAAAACAUUGUAACUAUUACUUAAGUUAUUCUGAGGAUAUGCCAGAUUCCUCGCGGUCAUCUUUGUCUGAUGUCGAGUAUUCACAACUGUGUAACAAGGAUCUCUUUGAUGACAGCAGGCCAGAAUCACCGGUUUCAGUAUCGUCAGAAAACUUCAGAACAGAAAAGCAAGUUUCUUUAAGAUUUGGCCAGCCUCAGUCAUGUGUACGACCUUUUACAUAUACAGAUGUCGUCCGUGGCUUCACACAAGAAAAAACAGCAGAUGGCACGGUGUUUGAGUCCAGGCCUAUAUUACUCAUGACUGAUUCCUUUGAUGAGUUUUCUGAUUCCUCCACAACUGAGUUGGACAUCGGGGAAAGACCAUAUUCUCCAGAGUCUAUAGCCUCGCUCUGUGAACUCACAGCUCUUUCUCCUGACUCACCUGUUCCACAAUUUGACAUAGCCCAAAUUGAGAAUCAAGGGCAAUGCAUUGACCAAAGGUCAUACACACCUCAGUCAAGUGUCUCAGAUUGGGAGGGUCGUGAUUUCUGUCUCACCAAUCUAUUUGAUGAGACCAGACCACUUUCUCCACAGUCCGUUUCAUCAGACAUGGAACUAGAUCUCUUAUUUAGCAACAGAGCGUUGUCUCCAGAUUCUGUUUCUUCAGAUCUGGACACUGCACUUCUUAGAAACUGGCUGCUGGACUUUAGAGCAUCCUCCCCAGAAUCUGUGGCAUCAGUUGAGAAAUGUUUAUAUUGUCUCGACCUGAAACAUUGUAACUAUUACUUAAGGUAUUCCGAGGAUAGGCCAGAUUCCUCGCUGUCAUCUUUGACUGAUGUAGCGUAUUCAGAACAAUGUAUCAAGGAUCUCUUUGACGACAGCAGGCCAGAAUCACCAGAUUCGGUAUCGUCAGAAGAUUUAAGAACAGAAACUAAAUUAUCUUUAAUUUUAGGCCAACCUCAGUCAUGUUCACGACCUUUUACAUAUGCAGAUGUUGUCCGUGGCCUUAAACGAGAAAAACCAGCAGAUGCCACGGCGUUUGAGUCCAGGCCUAUAUUACUAAUGACUGAUUCCUUUGAUGACUUUUCUGACUCCUCCACAACUGAGUUGGCCAUCGGGGAGAGACCAUAUUCUCCAGAGUCUGUAGCGUCUCUCUGUGAACUCACUGCUCUUUCACCUGACUCACCUGUUCCACAAUUUGACAUAGCCCAAAUUGACAAUCAAGGCCAAUGCAUUGACCAAAGGUCAUACACACCCCAGUCAAGUGUUUCAGAUUGGGAGGGUCGUGAUUUCUGUCUCACCAAACUUUUUGAUGAGACCAGACCACUUUCUCCACAGUCCGUUUCAUCAGACAUGGAACUAGAUCUCUUAUUUAGCAACAGAGCGUUGUCUCCAGAUUCUGUUUCUUCAGAUCUGGACAGUGCACUUCUUAGGGACUGGCUGCUGGACUUCAGAGCAUCCUCCCCAGAAUCUGUGGCAUCAGUUAAGAAAUGUUUAUAUGGUCCCGACCUACAACAUUGUAACUAUUACUUAAGGUAUUCCGAGGAUAGGCCAGAUUCCCCGCUGUCGUCUUUGUCUGAUGUCGAGUAUUCAGAACUAUGUAUCAAGGAUCUAUUUGAUGACAGCAGGCCAGAAUCACCAGAUUCGGUAUCGUCAGAAGAUUUCAGAACAGAAACUAAAGUUUCUUUACUUUUAGGCCAGCCUCAGUCAUGUGCACGACCUUUUACAUAUGCAGAUGUUGUCCGUGGCCUUACACGAGAAAAAACAGCAGAUGCCACGGCGUUUGAGUCCAGGCCUAUAUUACUAAUGACUGAUUCCUUUGAUGAGUUUUCUGACUCCUCCACAACUGAGUUGGCGAUCGGGGAGAGACCAUAUUCUCCAGAGUCUGUAGCAUCUCUUUGUGAACUCACAGCUCUUUCUCCUGACUCACCUAUUCCACAAUUUGACAAAGCCCAAACUGAGAAUCAUGGCAUUGAGCAAAGGUCAUACACACCCCAGUCAAGUGUUUCAGAUUGGGAGGGUCGUGAUUUCUGUCUCAGCAAUCUUUUUGAUGAUACCAGACCACUUUCUCCUCAGUCUGUUUCAUCAGACAUGGAACUAGAUCUCCUAUUUAGUAACAGAGCAUUGUCUCCUGAUUCUGUUUCAUCAGAUCUAGACACUGCACUUCUUAGGGACUGGCUGCUGGACUUUAGAGCAUCCUCCCCAGAAUCUGUGGCAUCAGUUAAGAAAUGUUCAUAUUGUCCCGACUUACAACAUUGUAACUAUUACUUAAGGUAUUCCGAGGAUAGGCCAAAUUCCCCGCUGUCAUCUUUGUCUGAUGUCGAAUAUUCAGAACUAUGUAUCAAGGAUCUCUUUGAUGACAGCAGGCCAGAAUCACCAGAUUCGGUAUCGUCAGAAAAUUUCAGAACAGAAACUAAAGUUUCUUUAAUUAUAGGCCAGCCUCAGUCAUGUGCAGGACCGUUAACAUAUGCAGAUGUUGUCCGUAGCUUCACACAAGAAAAAACAGCAGAUGCCAUGUAUAAUGUCACAGCGUUUGAGUUCGGACCUAUAUUACUAAUGACUGAUUCCUUUGAUGAGUUGUCUGACUCCUCCAUUUCUGAGUUGGACAUUGGGGAGAGACCAUAUUCUCCAGAGUCUGUAGCGUCUGUCUGUGAAUUCACGGCUCUUUCUCCUGACUCACCUGUUCCACAAUUUGACAUACCCCAAAUUGAGAAUCAUGGCAUUAACCAAAGGUCAUACUCACCCCAGUCAAGUGUUUCAGAUUGGGAGGGUCAUGAUUUGUGUCUCACCAAUCUUUUUGAUGAGACCAGACCACUUUCACCACAAUCUGUUUCAUCAGACAUGGAACUAGAUCUCUUAUUUAGUGACAGAGCAUUGUCUCCAGAUUCUGUUUCUUCAGGUCUGGACACUGCACUUCUUAGGGACUGGCUGCUGGACUUUAGAGCAUCCUCCCCAGAAUCUGUCGCAUCAGUUAAGAAAUGUUUAUAUAGUCCCGACCUACAACAUUGUAACUAUUACUUAAGGUAUUCCGAGUGUAGGCCAAAUUCCCCGCUGUCAUCUUUGUCUGAUGUCGAGUAUUCAGAACUAUGUAUCAAGGAUCUAUUUGAUGACAGCAGGCCAGAAUCACCAGAUUCGAUAUCGUCAGAAAUUUUCAGAACAGAAACUAAAGUUUCUUUAACUUUAGGCCGGCCUCUGUCAUAUGCACGACCUUUUACAUAUGCAGAUGUCGUCCGUGGCUUCACACAAGAAAAACCACCAGGUGCCAUGUAUAAUGUCACAGCGUCUGAGUCCAGGCCCAUAUUACGAAUGACUGAUUCCUUUGAUGAGUUUUCUGACUCCUCCACUGCUGAGUUGGCCAUCGAUGAGAGACCAUAUUCUCCAGAGUCUUUAGCGUCCCUCUGUGAACUCACAGCUCUUUCUCCUGACUCACCUGUUCCACAAUUUGACAUUGCCCAAAUUGAGAAUCAUGGCAUUGACCAAAGGUCAUACACACCCCAGUCAAGUGUCUCAGAUUGGGAGGGUCGUGAUUUCUGUCUCAGCAAUCUAUUUGAUGAGACCAGACCACUUUCUCCAAAAUCUGUUUCAUCAGACAUGGAACUUGAUCUCUUAUUUAGUAACAGAGCAUUGUCUCCAGAUUCAGUUUCUUCAGCGCUGGACACGUCGCUACAGCGAGUCCUGUUGGACUUUAAAGCAUCCUCCCCAGAUUCUGCGGCAUCAGUUGAGGAAUUUUCGUUUUGUUCUGAUAUGAUAUUUGGUCAAAACAAUAGACAACAUUGUAAUUAUUACUUAUGGUAUUCUGAAGAUCGACCAGUUCCUCUUCCGUCAACAUUGUCUUAUGCUGAGUCUUCAGAACUUUGUCUCAACAAUUUUUCUGAUAACAAUAGUGUCAUAAAUGCAGGUCAAUAUCAGUUCCAUCGAAGUACUUUUACGCCUACAAAUGUGUCAUCUAUGUCCCCAGUAUUUAAAGACCUCCAUCCUUAUAAAAAAUUAAUUUCACAUUUGUUAGAUCCCCUCUAUAAGGGAAACUGUUCCUCUUUCAAAAUGUUUUUAAAUUUAGAUGAAGAACAAACAUCUUUUUAUGAUCCUCAACCACUCGCUUCCUUUUUGGUUGUAGACGAGCCAAGUAAGUUAUCCCUGUGUAGUUUUACCACUAUAAACCCUAAUCUUCCAAUCCAGUCAUCCACCUGCUUCACUGACAAUUCCACGACUCAAAACUGUCCUUCAGACUGUCAGAUCUUACCAUCUUCUUACCAGUUCUUACCAGUUUCAUCGGAUGCAUCUGUAUUGGAUCAAAAGUUUGUUGGUCAAUGUCAUGAUGAAAUCAAACCAGAUUCAUCUAAACCUGUCCUUGAUGUUGAAACACAAAAUUUAACACCCCAUCAAAACACGGCUAACCAGUCAUUUAUUGACCCCUGUUUGUCAGAGUUAAAACCAUCUGCCCCUGAAAUUCUGGAUUCAGAAUUUCUUUUAAAACAACAGUUUGAAAAAUAUCUCAUUGAUCAAAGUGUAGACACCGACCCAAGACCUUUAUACAAGCAAUUCCACAAGAAAUUAAUGGCACACAUAUAUGAUCCAGUCUAUAGGCGAGAACAUGUCUGCGACACAUUGUCAGGUGUAACUGCAUUUGAUAAAGGCUUUGAAAAGACUUCUGCACAAAGCAACGAUAAAUGUUUAACGGCUGAUGAGGAGAAUCAAUUUCUAAAAGAAUCUAGUAAUUCUGAACUCAUUAACAGCAUCAAACCUCAACUGAAUGAGGCCAUAGCUGACAAUACUCGUCAACCGGAGUUGAGUCACGUGCCAUCUGUGAAAGAAAACAUGGACAUUCCUGACAAUUUCAAAGUCAAAGAGGCCUUCAGCAAACAAACUCAAACAAGGAAUGAAACAAUGGAAGAAAGACCACUUUUGAUUGUGCAUGAAGGGACAACCACUAUAUCUCCAUUAAUGAUGAUAUACAACCAAGAUGUGCCUUUUAAAGACAUGACAAGACAGUCAGAAAAAAUGGACGAAAGUUCAUCUCUGCCGGAGAUCAACGCAGAGAUUGGCUCAAUGUCUGAAAGUUCUGAUGAUGAAUUUUUGAGUACCAGAAUUGUGCGAAGGAGAGUUGUCAUUCAGGCUGACGAAAUGCCUGACAUUCCGACUCAGACUGUGACCGAGGAAAAGUACCAAGAUGAAAAUGGGCACAUCGUUGUCAGAACGGUUACUCGAAAGAUUAUUCGCAAGUGUGUUUCCUCGGACGGUGUGGAGCGGGAGGAGGUCUCAAUAGAGGGAUCCCCCCAGAGGUCUAUUAGUGUCACAGAGGGAGACGGAUACUCAAAAGUGGUGAAGCGUACUAUUCUUAAGAGUGAGGGAGACCAUACAGAGGUUACUUUUGCUGAGAGUGAGGGUUUCUCAGCAUCACAAGCGACUGGUGAGGUGCGUAAAGUCAGUCUAGCAGAAAGAACCACUGUGGUAGAGGGUAAAAGAACAGUGACACACAAAGGGGACUUGUCUUUGGCUUCUGACCUCCCCUCAGCCGAAGAGGACUUCAACCAGGCGCUUGGUUAUAUUGGGGAUUUUACCACAGCAGAGCUUCCCCAUGUGGUUGAAAGUGAAACUGUCAAAGAUGACGGAACUGUGAUUCGGAGGGCCCACAUGCAUAAAGGUCAGACCCUCAGACGGACAGUGGUGCAGGGAGGUGGUCAGCCCAAACAGGUCCUUCUCGAGCAAGUGGAUGGCCCCACAAAAGGUUCCAGACCGCACGAACUCCAGCAGCAUCUGCACCAGCUGUUUCACCACUACUAUGAAGAACAUCGGGAGGACCACGACGACGAUAGUGAAGAAGAAGAGAAACAGUAGAAUGUGUAACACACUCCCUUGCUACACAAAUUAUCCUAUGCAUUUGCCACAUGCAAUCCCAGCGUGCACCUCAAAGCUACCACGGUCUUCCCGUUUAAAUUCUGAUUAUUUGUUUUUAUUUUCAAUUUCCCUCCCUUGAUGGUGUUACAUAUUCAUUGAUUUCUUUGUUCUGAUGAUGUUUGUUAUUUUGCCUUUUUGUGACCAAAGAAUAUAUUUCCUGAUCAAUUUUAGGUUUUGUGUCAACAUAGUCUACGUUUUUUCAUCUUUAUUAUGUGGUAGAGCAACAACGACAUCAGAAAUGCUUCUCCGUUCUAGCCCACACUGGUCUAUCCACCUAAAGAAAAAAAAAUACUCUCCUGAGUGGGUGCUUGAACUAAAAAAAACACAAAACAAUUCUUCACGCUACACUGCCUCUCACCGCCAGACUUAGCGAGACCUUGGCUAAGAAAACAUGAGUGUGUUUAUUUAACGACUACUACUGCUGCUGCUUCUGCUGUUGUAUUUUUGUGUCGGCUAUGUGUAAUGUGUCUCUCGGGCAUUCUGAUCGUAUCUAACCUAAUCUAGAUAAUACUGACAUCUGUAGCCUAGAAAUGAUUAAUCAAUCAUGUGAAGUAGGACAGGCAUGACUAAUCAAACUCUGUCAUUAUGGUCCUGGAUUUGUAGUUUUGUCCAUUUAUCUCACGUCACUCCUUGGAAUCUUUUUGUGUUUUUGUUUUCAAACAGACUUUUGUUGGCACUGUGUCCUAAAUUAUUGAUCACGGCUCUUCUGGUAUGAAUGGUGAGUGUGUGAGGACGUUUUACUGAACUGUUGAUCUACUAUGUUGUCGGUCCAUGCAUGAGUCCUUUGGUGUUUGAUUAAUUUGAUUUUUUUUUUUUUUUCCCAAGCACAUUUUAUGUCUUAUUUUAAAGGGUUAAAUUGUGUGCUCAGAAAAAGGGGUACAAAGGUGAGUGAAAUAGCUUUUUGUCUCAUCAGUGACUGGUAGAUUCCCACUGACAGUGUAAAAAAAAAUUUUUUGCCAGUGACAAGCUAUUUAAUGAAAAAUAAUGGCACAUGUUGCUGUUGUAAAGUGAUGUUGGUUCUGAUGUAUUUAUUUAUUUAUGAUUUACAUGCUCGAUUGUGUUGAAUGUGUGAAAGUUCUGCAUUGGGUGAUUACAAAAGGGUUCACUAAUUUAUGUACGCAAAGUGUAGAAAGAGAUUUAUUGUACACAAUCUUUAUUUGCACUCCUGAAUGUCAGGAUGGAUCGCCUUCCAUGCUUUUAGUGUUACAAUCAAGUACUAUAACUUUUUGUCUUAUUCUUUGUCAGGACAAAUGGAGUGUACUUGGAAGAUUGUGACACAAGCGUAAUAAGAACUUUUGAGAGCUUCAAUUAACCGAUAUUCCCGCUCAGAGUAUCAGUCCUGUAUGGAAAUGUUUUAAUUUUUCACUACCACUUCACUGUUUAUUUUUUGCGAGAGGAAGAGAAAAAACUCGUGGAAGAUCACUGUGACAGGUAUACCAUACUUUUAAUUAAAGAAAUCAGCACCCCCCUUUUUCUGUGAUGCAGACAGUUAUAUACUCAUACAUAUGUAUAAACAUCUAUAAGGGCAUGUAUUGCUGUUCAAAACUCAAAAAAGAUACAAAUAAAAUGGCUGCAGUGCAUUUGGCUGAUAGAGAAUAAAAGACUACAAAGUAA